CACCUGGCGUACAUACUCUCGCGUGGCAAAGCAGCACUGUUCACAAACUGCCCGGGCCUGUUUUAUCGAAUAACGAAAUUCUGCCUCCACGUUCACCACUGUAGAUGCAGUGAGCCCCGACACUGAGCGACGACUGAGGGGACGAAAAAUGGUUGCCGGCCGUGUCACCAAGGUGCACGUUCAUGACGUGCGCUUCCCUACAUCGCUUGGCUAUCACGGUUCUGACGCGAUGCACACAGACCCCGACUACUCCUGUUCCUACGUCGUGAUCAGCACCGACACUGAUUUCCAAGGCUACGGCUUGACUUUCACGAUUGGACGGGGCACCGAAAUAGUGGUGGCCGCAGUGCGCGCGCUCUCCCCACUCGUGGAAGACGUUUCGCUGGAGUCUAUAUACACGAACUUCGGGCAGUUCUGGCGUAAACUGACCAGCGACAGCCAGCUGCGAUGGAUCGGGCCAGAGAAGGGAGUCAUUCAUCUAGCCACUGCGGGAGUUAUCAACGCUCUCUGGGACUUGUGGGGAAAGAUUGAAGGAAAGCCGGUGUGGAAACUGCUGGCGGACAUGAGCCCACAAGAAAUAGUGUCCCUUAUUGAUUUCCGAUACAUUUCUGACCUGCUGACCAAAGAAGAGGCAAUCGGUAUACUUGAGGAAAAGCAACAAGGGAAGGUUCAAAGAGAGAAAGAAUUGUUGGAAAGUGGCUAUCCAGCGUACACAACUGCCUGUGGCUGGCUUGGGUACACUGAUGAAAAGAUCAAACAGCUAUGUCAAGAUGCCCUUAAGGACGGGUUCAAGAGCUUUAAGGUGAAAGUUGGCCGGAACCUUGCCGACGACAAGAGGCGGUUGCAAGUAGUCCGAUCGACGAUUGGCGACAAAUGCAAGCUGAUGGUAGAUGCCAACCAGUACUGGGACGUCAAGGAAGCCAUUUACUGGAUGGAGGAGCUGUCCGGCUUUGGAAUUCACUGGAUCGAGGAGCCGACGUCGCCGGACGACAUUCUUGGCCACGCCACAAUCUCGAAGGCCCUUGCUCCCCUGGGCAUUGGAGUCGCCACGGGUGAGCAGUGCCACAACCGAGUCAUGUUCAAGCAGUUCCUGCAGUCCGGAGCCAUGCAGUUCUGCCAAAUCGACAGCUGCCGACUGGGAGGCGUCAACGAGAUCCUCGCCGUCAUUCUCAUGGCAGCCAAGUGCAAGGUGCCAGUUUGCCCGCAUGCCGGCGGUGUGGGCCUCUGUGAACUAGUCCAACACUUGUCGUUCUGGGACUACAUCGCAGUCUCGGGCACGAAGGACAACCGUGAAAUCGAAUACGUGAGUCACCUGCAUGAGCACUUCAAGACCCCGGUUCACAUACAGAAUGGCUGCUACAUGCCACCACAGGUGCCGGGCUACGGUUGCGAAAUGUGGGAUUCAUCUAUCGCACAAUACAGCUAUCCAAAUGGAUCUUACUGGAGAAAUUUCCCUAGGAUACGCUAAAGGGGUGAGAGCAGUCCACAGACACUAUGUAAUGCUCUGAAGGGUUCAACUAAAUAAAGGUGUGUCAUUCAAGUGAACAUGUUAAAAGGAA